AUUCACUUCCUCGUUUUACCACAGAACUAACAGUCAUGUAGGUAGAAGCUUUGCAAUGCAGUGAAUAAAGUUUGUGUCAGCGGUUUUGAUGUAGUUGGUUAAAGAAAACAGCAUUUAUCUAAAGAAAUAAGUCCAAAAAAGAAAUCCAAUAAAAAUUAAAAAACCUGUUGGGUUGAUUAAGAUUUGUGCUCAGCAUGGAUAAAAUCAAAAAGGAGGUCGAAAUGAAGAUGAAAAUGGACCAGAAAGACCCAGACGUUCAUAGAUAUAUUGUUGACAAUGGAGUCGUAAAAAUCAAACUGCAUUUGGAGCAACUCAAGAGGGAAACGUCGGACCUAAAAUUGGAUGAAAAAAAGGAUUGGAAAAAAAGAGAGAAAAUCUUGAGGGAAACGAUGGAAAGUGUCAAAGUAUUGCAUGUUAUACUUAGUAACACGACAGAUGAUGCCCUCGUACGAUUCAGACAAUGUGAUGAAGUUUUCCCACUUGUCUUUGAAAUUGGCAAGACCACCUGUGCAAUCAUGUGCAUGAUAUCUAGACAUUUAUCCAAGAGAUUUUCUUCCGACAACAAGAAGUUGUGUUGCGGACUUUUGGAAAUACCCGUUAUUUUCGAUAAUGUGUUAGCAUACUUAACACCAGAGCAAUCAACGGAUUUAUCAGAUGGUGCUACUAUUGAAGGAAUUCUGAAAGAUGCAAUAAUAUUAUGCAGGGCAAAUUUGCACCAGUCCAGCAUCAACUUUAAUAUAUUUGUUUCCACAAAAGUCCGAAAAGUUUUACAAAUAAUGGAAUUUAGCAAAUUUAGAACUCAGGAAGGUUUCAAACCAUUCCUCUCUAGUGUUGUGAAGCAGUUUUUGUUCGUACAGAGAGCGUGUGGACUUACAAGGGAAAUUCUAAAAUGCACCUCUGAUAAGGAUUGGUCAUCAAAUUCUUUCGAAUACAAAAAGAUGUUUAAACGCGUAAAAAAGUUGCUUGGCUUUGGAAUAAGAGCUAUUCGCAGUCUGGGUUUUGAUGAUCAGUCAUCAUUAGAAUUUAACAGUGUCGAUAUUGUUUGCAAACAAAUAAAACAAUGCAACGAAAACUUGACAGCAGACAUUAACCUUGAGCGUGGAACUGGAUGUUCAGACACACUAAUCCCUCUUCUGAAAAAGAUUGAAAUUGUGUGUGUAAAAAUAGACGACACUAUUGAGGAUGGGGAUAAAUGCCUACCACCAGGAGAAAUAAGGAUAGAGGAAGAUGUCAGCGUGUGUAUUUUGGCAGAUCCUAAAGAAUUGGAACAAGCUGAUGAUUCAUAUGAAACAGGAAAUGACUUUAUUGAAGAGUCCGACACUGAUUCUGAUGAUGAUGUAGUAAAUGAUGCGGAUUUUGAGGGAAGUUUAACUAAAAUAGCUCCAGAGGAUAUUGACAAAAAGCUAAAAAGCAGCGAUAUGGAUAGAAGUGAAUUAAUCCACACGUACAAAAUGGAGAGGUUCAAGUCACUUGUUGAUGUCCGCGUGGACAAUAAGUAUACACUCACAUGUCAAUCUGUUGGCGGUAAAGUAUUCAAAGGUGGCAAAUGGAAGUCAACGAAAAAUGUGGUCAUUGAGGGAAGACAAAUUUCUAUGCAAAUAGAGCCAGGAGAAUUUUUAGUUGUCCACUAUGACUUUCCAACGCAUGAGAAGACAUUUAGUAGGGAAGACAUAAAAAAGGGCGUGACGAUAUCUAUUCCGGAAGCAAACUGUUCCAUAAAACUUCCCCCUUCAGAUGGAGGCCGCGAAACAAUUAAAUUCAAGGUUCACCUAACGGACAAAGAAAGAAUAAAGAAAUACCAAGAAGAAAACCCUAAUAAAUAUGGUAACAUAACAAUUUCCGAAGGUUUGCAAGCAAGAGCAUUUUCACGAAAGGUUACUGUGGAGUUCCCCAAAGUCGAUGAAGCAGAAACAUCUUUAUUUGUUUGUGUGUCAACAGACACUCAGUUUGUAAAUUGGAAUCGUGAUAUAGUGGAACCAGAAACUAAGAGAGGCAAAAUGGUUUUCAAUGUAAUGCUGCAAAAAGAUGCCAUAUCUUAUAUCGUGCAGGCAAAAGAUCAAAAUUUGAAAGAAACUAUAAAAGAUCCUGAAAAUCCUGAAACAAAGAAGAGUAUUCUUAACAGAUUGCUAAAUGCUUUCCAUACACUUCUGGGAAUUAAAUCAAAAUGCAAGCUACUUACAUUGUAUAAGGUACCCGAAGAGAUUGGGGAAACCAUUGAGCUGUGUGUAUACUGUAUUGAGUCGAAGGGUUUUGAUCUUAGCAAGCAAGCAAAAUGUUUGUUAAAAAAGAAAUGGAUGCAAAUUGAAGAAGAAGACGAAAGCUCCGACUUUACCAUAAGAUCUGGUGAAGAAAUAGGUCUAGAGUUCCGAGGGGACGUGAAACCGAUGGAGGGAGAAAAUCUGGUUAUAAAAUUCCUUAAAUACGGCUCCAGUUUUGCACAUGUAAAACUUUGCCACGUGGAAAACAAAGAUCCAAAGGGUUACAUAUUGAUGAUCCGUAAGGAAAAUCUAAUAGACUGGAAAAGAUUGAAUUGGGGCUAUCUUGUAAAAAAGUAUGAAGCGGAAGACGCAAAAGCGAAGAUGGAUGAAAACAGAGAAGAAGUUUACAAAGCAAUAUAUGAUAGUCUUGAGCACAUCGUAAAUACCAUCUAUGAACAGCUUUCUGUUAACGAGAUAGAACAGCUGAAAAAAGAGCUAAAAAUGACCGCUCAAAAAACAAAACAUCAAUUCAUUGGCCGAUUUAUUGGUCGUAUUCAAGGGCAAAAAAAACUUCCUUUGGAGUUUUUGGCUGGUGAACUGAGGAAAAUCGGUCGAGACGAUCUGUUUUGGAACCAGCUGGAAAGCAAGUCAUCAUAGGUUUUUGUCGGAUGUUUCUACAUAAAGCUUAAUACGCAAAUCGGCAAGAAAAAUACAUGUAGUACAUGGAAGCGGAAAGUUACAUAUACUAUGACAUAUUAAUCCUUAGGUAAUAGAUACAAAAAAUGUAUAUUGUUGAAAAAGGCCCAAAUUGAUUGUACAAUAAUUCUUACCUGAAUAAUUAGUUUUUGGGGCAUGAUAAGUUUUUACACAUAUUCAUUUUGAUACAAAAACUGAAAUCUCUUUUUUGUGCUUUCCUUUAGUGUUUUAGAGUUUAGAUGUUUUUGCUUUUUGCUUUUAUGUUGUGUUUAAGAUAUAUGGUCAUACGUUUUAGUUUGAUUGUUUUUUAAAUUAAACAACGUUAACACCCUGUGACGAGUUAAACAAAGCGAGCGCUCGCCAAAACUCCCUAUACCCGCACCACAAAUUUUAGCAGGCGAUUGCGAGAGCUCGCACCGUUGAACACGCCUCUGGUGUGUACAUAACAAGCAUUUAGUUAGCUUUUUAUCGUAUUGAUUUAAAAUAAAAUCAAUACAUUUUAAAUAUUAUGUGCUUCGGUCCGUUUAUUUAAAAAAAAAAGAUUUGCUAUUUUUCUAUCAUGAUUAAUAGCAUUAUUUGACUCAGUUACUGUAGUACAUUUGUAGGUAGCUUCAUGUAUGGGUGAUGAGUUUAUUUUUUUUAGUUUUAAUAUAGGUCGUAGUCCAUUAUUUAAGAUGCAAUAGUCGUCCUUAAUUAGUAUAUCUUUAAAUAACCUGAUUAUAAAGGAGGCUGGUGGGUUUGCAAAUUAACCAUCAGAUCUGCCUUGAACUUUUACUUGUGAUAAUUUAGCCAUUAACUAAAUAUUAUAGUAAAAUAAAUAUCUAAUUUGUAUAGCUUUAAAAUAUUAACAUUUUCCUCAAUCUAUAUGCAGAACUCUUCUUUACAAGUAGGUAAAUAAAGUCUAAAAUGGCUCCUUGUACACUAUUUGAUUUUCGACGUCAUGCCUCUUAUAAUUUCUUUAUCAAGUAAUAUACAUGUACUCAGAUACUUCUAAAUAUGAGAAACAUUAACUUUUUUUAAUGUUAAUAGAAUAAAAUCAUUCAUUUAAAAGAAUAACUAUAAACGUUUUUUAAACGAAUGAAAUGAAAUCAAAAAUACCAAAAAACAAACGAAAUAUUAUAUUAUAAUAAUCCCUUUCAUUAUCACUGUGUGAAUUCCUUCAUUUUCAUACAAAUAAUCGGAGCAAAAAAACCCCUGAAGAAUUCUACCAAAAAAACGUUAAUUCAAUCUAGAUCUUUUUGCAUAUAUAGUUAACAUUUAAAGCGGUUAGCGUAUACACUAACCGCUUUUUGCCGUGUAACCAAAUUCCGGAAGCUUGUGCUUUUUAUGAAAAAUCUAAGGAUUGUGAGUACUUAAUGCUGAACUUAUUUUAUAUGUGGCUCUUCUUCAACAAAAAAUAAAGACUGUAUCGUUUUAUUAAGAAAGCAAGUGUGUUAUUGAUUUUUGAGCUGAGUAAUGAAACGACAAAUUAAAUGGCAAUAUGAACAUCAUUUACUGGAUCAGUCCUUUGAAAGAAAAAAACAUGACAAUGUGAUUAUUCUAGUACAUUGCGAAAUAAAAUGAAAUCGUCAUCUACUUUUCUACGCAUAACAAAUAAUUUAUAAUGAAAAUAUUGGUGAUUCUGUGAUAUAAAAUAUGCAAACCCUUUGAUGCAUCUUACAACUUUAUGAUAAAAAACCUAAAUACAAUGUUAGCUAAACAAAUGUGUGUUGCUAGUUGUACAUGUAGAAACUACCAAUACAAGUAUCUUCUUACAUUGUUAUAAAAUGCAAUUAAUGAUUGUAUUUACACGUGGCAUUUUAUAAUUAUGCAUAAGGAUUAAUUUUGUUG